AUGGCAGCAUCUCUAAGCACCCCGAAACUAUCUUCUCCAACCCUCCAAAUCCUCUGCAAAAAAUGCAAAUUCCCAAUAAACCCCUUAUUUUCAUUCUCUCAUUACAAUAAACCCCAUAAUCUCGAUUCCUUCAGAUCCUUUUCCCACCCUCUCACGCGCUCUCACUGCCGCCGAGUCACUACUCGAGCCGACUCGACCAACGCCGUCGAGCCUCCGAGAAAGUACGAUUUCGAUCUCUUUACUAUCGGCGCUGGCAGUGGCGGAGUAAGAGCUUCCCGCUUUGCUGCCAAUUUUGGGGCUUCUGUUGCAGUUUGCGAGCUUCCUUUUGCUACUGUAUCGUCUGAUUUGACCGGAGGCGUUGGUGGCACGUGCGUACUUCGUGGAUGUGUACCCAAGAAGCUUCUUGUAUAUGCAUCCAAAUAUUCUCAUGAAUUUGAGGAGAGUUGUGGUUUUGGAUGGAAAUAUGCAGCAGAACCAGAACACGAUUGGAACACCUUGAUUGCAAAUAAGAACGCUGAAAUUCAGCGACUCACUGGUAUAUAUAAGAGUACUCUGAAAAAUGCUGGCGUGGAACUAAUUGAAGGGCGUGGAAAGAUUGUGGAUCCACACACAGUGGAUGUGGAUGGCAAACUCUACUCAGUUAAAAACAUUCUUAUUUCUGUUGGUGGACGGCCUUUCAUUCCUGAUAUUCCUGGAAGUGAAUAUGCAAUAGAUUCUGAUGCAGCCCUUGAUUUGCCCUCAAAACCUAAGAAAAUUGCCAUAGUUGGGGGUGGUUACAUUGCUGUUGAGUUUGCUGGCAUCUUCAAUGGCUUGAAAAGUGAUGUCCAUGUAUUCAUAAGACAGAAGAAGGUGCUAAGAGGCUUCGAUGAAGAGAUCAGGGACUUCGUUGGAGAACAAAUGUUAUUGAGGGGAAUUGAGUUUCACACAGAGCAGUCACCUCAGGCUAUUAUCAAAUCAUCAGAUGGUUCGCUUUCUUUGAAGACUAACAAAGGAACCAUUGAUGGAUUUUCUCAUAUUAUGUUUGCGACAGGACGCAAACCCAAUACAAAGAAUUUAGGAUUGGAGACAGUUGGAGUUAAAUUGAAAGAAAAUGGAGCAAUAGAGGUUGAUGAAUAUUCUCAGACAUCUGUUCCAUCGAUUUGGGCAGUUGGAGAUGUUACUGAUAGAAUAAAUUUGACCCCAGUUGCUUUGAUGGAAGGAGGGGCAUUGGCCAAAACUCUUUUUGCAAAUAAACCAACAAAACCAGAAUACAGGGCUGUACCAUCUGCAGUUUUUUCUCAACCACCUAUUGGACAAGUUGGUCUUACUGAAGAGCAGGCAAUAAAGGAAUAUGGUGAUGUUGAUGUUUAUACAGCAAACUUCAGGCCCUUAAAGGCUACUCUUUCAGGUCUUCCAGAUCGGAUUUUCAUGAAACUAAUAGUGUGUGCAAAGACAGACAAAGUUCUUGGUUUGCACAUCUGUGGAGAAGAUUCACCAGAAAUUAUACAGGGAUUUGCGGUUGCUGUAAAAGCUGGCUUGACCAAAGCGGACUUUGAUGCCACUGUGGGUAUUCACCCUACAGCAGCAGAGGAACUCGUCACCAUGAGGACACCUACGAGAAAGCUUCGGAGGACUCCAUCUGAGGGAAAAACAGAUUUUGAGUUCAAAGCUGCUGCUGGAGUUUGA